GCCACUAUUGUCGAGGCGGAGAUGUUUCAGAGAGGCCAGCUGGAAUGAUGGGGUGAGACGGCGUCGAAUUGAGUUUAAGCAUUGCAGAGUGGCUAACGGUAAGGCAUUUCAACUCCACCGUUGCGACUUUCGUCUUCAGGAAGGUCUCGCUGCAUUUACUCAUCGCCGAAUGACACAUCCAUCAACCAUCAACACCACCACUUUAAAAAAAACCACAGCCGUGUAUUCCAUUCCAAAAAAACCCAAUCUACUCUCUCCUCGCCAUCAAAAACAAUGUCUCCCACGCUCCCAUCCUCCUCUGUCCUCAAGGACUUCUCCCUCAUCACCGCCCCCACCCCCCUUGCCGGCGGCCAAGGACAAUCCUUCCUCUGCGGCACCACAGUCCUCAAACACAUCCCCCCCACCCCCACCGAAGAAGCAGAAUGGACAUCCCACACCCUCUCCCUCCUUCCCCCUUCCGCUUACUUUACCAUCCCCACUCCCAUCCUUGCCUCAACCGGCUCUUACGUCUAUGAGAACUGGACCGCGACACAGUUCUGUCCCGGCACAGACCACCCUGUCGGACAUUGGGAAGUGCUGUUUUCAGCAGCGCGGCACUUCCAUGCCUCUCUCGCGGGGAUCCCAGAGCCUGAGUUUCUUAAACGCACGCAUCCCUGGGCAAGGGCUGAUCGUAUCGCAUGGGGCGAGGAGUCCGUCGCUGUGGUCCCUGCUCUGGCGCCGUUGUAUGAGCAACUCUUGUCUUUACGCAAGGAAGUGGGCGUAGUGAUAGCGCAGCUCGUGCAUGGGGAUUUAAGUGGGAAUAUACUGCUUUCGGAUUCCCAGCCACCCGUGAUUAUUGAUUUCUCCCCCUUCUUCCGCUGCGUGGAUUACGCCGUCGCGAUCGCUGUUGUGGACGGGAUUGCGGAUUUUGGCGAGGGAGAUGAGGUGCUGAGGGCCUCUGGACUGGUCUGGUAUGGGGAUAGAUUGGGAAGACAUGCGGUCCAAAUGUUGGUUAGGGCCUUGCUGUUUAGGGUCGUGGCAGGAGUGAGCUUGUGGGUGCUAUGUGAGAGAUGGUGCAGGUGGAGAGGCGGCGAGCCCAGGAGGGGAUGGCGGAGUUGAGGGCGGGGAUGUCGGCGGUGGAGCCGAUGCCGAGGGGGAUCACGAGUCCGACCUGGGGUUGUGUUUAUUUGGG